ACGGCUGCCGCCGCGACGUAGUAGUGCGUAAAAACGCGCACACACAGAGUGAGAAACGGCGCACAUCAGCGAGACUCGAGCGAGAGAGAGAGAGAAAGAGAGAGAGAACGACUUGCCCGCGCAGUAGCCGCCGCUGCUGCUGCGGAGACACGUGUAAAAAGUGAGCGCGCGAGGGAGAGAGACGGAGCUACAGUGUGUGUAUACGCGGACGUUCAACGUCUACCUAUACGGUUAGGUAAAAAAGAGAGCGGGAUCGCGCGCGCAGAGUGUAGUGGCGCGCCGCCGAGAGACGACGACGACGACGACGAGAGUAGCUCGCACUGACUGAGAGAGCUCAGCACAACACGCGCUAUAGCUAUCCUGUGUAUACCUAUACUUGCUCUAUAGUAAAGUCUCUCACUCUCUGUACUAUAAGUGAACGAGAGACUAUCGAGUUAUCGCGUAAAGUGAGUGCGCGAGUGAGAGAGAGAGAGAGAGAGAGAGAGAGAGAGAGAGCUGCCGAGUGCGUAUGUACCAUCGACGCAGCAGCAGUAGCAUCGGGACAAAGACGGCUGCAGAAGAAGUCUGCUGCGCUGUCAGGCUGCAGCUCGCCGAGGAGAUGUCACCGAAGUAGGCCGACCCAGCAUCAGAGUAGUCUGACGAAUGCAAAGUUGUCUGAUCCGGCAUCAUGGUUGGCUUUCUCGAGGAGGACAAGGGACUCUUCCCUCUCCAGAGCAUCGCUUCCAUUGUGCAACUCUUCCAGAACCAGCUGGAGAACAGCGUGGAGCCAGACUUGGCUCUGCUAUCCAUUAUCGUGGGGGCCAUCGAGAACUCCCUGACAUGUAACAGAAAUUUUGUGUCAGAGGAGGCGCCUGGCUACGACGAGCCCAAGCUUCCACCUGUGGAGUUUCAGAUGGCUGAGGCCAUGUACACAAGAUUCACAUCCAUCAUCAAGAGUGCUGUGGACCUAACAGUGUAUAAUACUAAGUAUGCCACAAGGGAACUGGUCAAAAGAGUGUCGGAUGUCAUCUGGAACUCUCUGACCAGGAGUUACUACAAGGAUCGUGCCCAUCUACAAAGUUUGUACAGUUAUUUAACGUCCAAUAAGCUGGACUGUUUUGGAGUGGCUUUUGCUGUUGUGGCUGGCUGUCAAGUUUUGGGCUUCAACGACGUGCAUCUGGCUUUGUCGGAAGACCAUGCUUGGGUUGUUUUUGGAGAGAACGGAGAGGAGACUGCAGAAGUUACGUGGCAUGGGAAAGGAAACGAGGAUAAACGUGGCCAACCUGUUGACUCAGGAAUAGCUUCGAGGUCCUGGCUAUAUCUGAAUGGUCAACCUGUAGUAUGUGAUCGAGCAAUGGAAGUAGCAACGAUAGUUUCUGCUAUAAAUCCCAGUUUCAGUGCUACUGCAGAUGCAGUUGAAGUUGCUCUGCUGCAGCAAGAGUUGCUUUGGUUGCUGUAUGAUUUAGGACAUUUAACAAAGUACCCUAUGGCUCUUGGCAAUCUUGGUGAAUUAGAAGAAGCUGCACCAACACCUGGCAGACCACCGGCGAUCAACCUUUUCCAGGAAGCCAUUCGAUCAGCAAGAAAAUAUUACGGAAAUGCUCACAUCUAUCCUUACACAUACCAAGGAGGGUAUCUCUAUCGACAUGGAUUACAUGCGAAUGCAUUAGCAUCUUGGGCUGAUGCUGCAGAUGCUCUGAGAAAAUAUGAUUACUCGCGAGAUGACGGAGAAAUCUACAAAGAAUUACUCGAAAUUGCCAAUGAACUGAUACCACACACAGUACGAGCAGAUGAGCAUUUACUGCGACAACCGCGCUGCUUUGCUUACCUUCUACGAUUUUACGAUGGUAUUUGCCAGUGGGAGGAAGGUGCGAAUACUCCAGUUUUACACAUUGGCUGGGCAAGACCACUUGUCAACACGAUUUCCAAAUUUGAUGCAAGCAUUCGCGCGCAAGUUAUCAUCGAUUGUUACGAAGACGACAAAGGUCUAGAAGGAAGUUCGGAUGAAUCCUUGAACAACAACAAUAAUAACAACAAUAACUAUUACAAAACAAAGGAGAAAUGUACGCGCGACCUCAUUAAAAGCCUGGAGUCAAAAGUACCCGAGAAUCCCGAGCCGAUGCACCCGGGCAUCCAGGCGUUGGCCGCCGCUUGCGGCGAGAAGAUUCUAAACAGGGAUUACCUCCUCCAGGGCGAUGGCGAGCCGUUCGUCGCACCAGCCGACACGAUGUUUGACUUGCCGCUGUCCACAUCCUCGAUAUGUGGAAUUUCAACGCCCUCCACCUCGCAGGACAGCCUCGACGAUGGCAUAAGCGAGAUGGACCUAGAGUUGGACUCGGACGAGCAUGAAAGUCCCCGAAUAACGCUCUACAGCCAAAAGAUGAAAGGCCUGAAGGACUUGUUACUCGCAGAGAAGCUAAAUACGCACGCGGUUUCACUGCAACUGACAGCUCAAAGCCAGGUGCAGAUAGGUAAGAAGACGAGAGGCAGCGAGGAGUCAACUGUAGUCGGUGCCGGACACAGGCCCAAGAGAACAAGGAGAGAAUAAUGAUAAACCGGUGAGAGUUGACGUGGAGACUGAUGAUCUUCCUUUGCGAUUCUGCAUCGAAUAGCGGUUUCGAUGUUGUGCGAAGAAAAGACUUGCUUUUAAAGUAAGAUGAAUUUUUGAAAAUCGAACGACGAUGAGUUUACUCAUUGUACAGAUUUUUUUUCAAAGUAUAUGAUAGAAAUUAUCGUUCUCGAGGUGUGUUUUAUCAAAUCGAAAACAUUGUUUUUGUCAAUGUUAGUAUUAUUUAUUGUAUAUUUGUAAAGAGAAGUAUGAAUCUGCCUUGUUUUAAAAGCAUGUCUCGAAUCUCUUUGUAGCGAGUAAACCUACAAGAGCGCGAUAAUUUAACGACGACUGGAUUGUCGAAACAAAUGUCCAGACAAGUGGAAUAACCGCGAGGCAACAAAAAUUUGUAGAAAAGUACAAAACAAAAAUUAAUCUUACAUUGUAGUCAACCGCUGCGGGCAUUCGUGCUUACUGUCUUUUUUUAAUCGCUUCCAAAAGAUAUGUUGAGAAAAGGUUUCAGUAAAAUGUUUUGCAUACCUAAAUGGUAGGUAUAUCUUUUGAGGUUUUCAAUGCUAAUACUUUUUGAUAUUUUGCAAAGUUUUUCACGAUUCACAUUUUCUUAAUGAAAUUGGGAUUACGAUUAUUACAUAAUGUUUUACCCGAAUCUUCACUCAGCAUUGAAUUUCACUGAGACUGGCGUGUUCGCACGAUUAUUUAUUUUGCGUCACGCGCAAAUAAAUAUUUUUUAUUACAUAUUAUGUAUCUGUGUCUAUUGUCUUGUUGCACUUUUUGCUUAUUUAUUGAGAUGAGUUCUUUUCUUUGACUCUGUAUACAUAUAUAUCUCUUGCACUAUCGAUUUGCGAUUGACAAGUUGCCGUUAAUGUUUUUUACAUUUACAAUACUGUGAAAUGUAGUGGAGAAAUUUCUAUUAGAAAAACGCUUUUAUAAUCUAGUUAGUAAAGCACAACAUUCCGCUCCUUUUUAGGUGGUGCAGAACUAAUUAAGUUUUGAUCCUAUAAAUCACAUCUUAAGCAUGAAAUGCUCGCUUAUUUUUAUAAUUAUUUAUUUUCACGUAACUCUAAGUGCGUUAAGUAGCGUAAGUUUUUUUUCGUCAACUUUUUUGAUGUUGCUCAAAAACACAAUCGCACGAUGAUAGCAAGCAUAUAUAGGGUUCUGUUUGUAUACUUUGAAACAGAUGCUUUCUAUUGGCCACAUACUUUAUUAUUCUAAACAGUCCAAUAUUGGAUAAUCAUAUUAUAAAGGGAGCUUUAUCAAAUCUGUCUCAAAGUAUUGAAAUACUCUGCAUUUCAUUCAUUUAUUAAUCGUUAUCAGAACUUUGCAAUGCUAUAUACUACUCGCUCUUCUCAAGUGUAUUUUUACAGACACAAUUCGCUUACGACUGAUUGCUUUGAAUGAUCCACGUAUUUUAAUCUAUAUAUUUGCAAAGCUUGCCACUUUUUUAUAUAGUUUUGAAAUUACCGCCUCGUCUGCAGGAUAUGUUUCAUUUGUUUCUCUCCUCUCAGUACCUCGAACAAUCACGAUGAUACGUAAAUGCACCUCGACGUUAGAAAGCGUCGCGGCCAAUAAUAAUUCGAAGGGAACUUCGUCGAUGUUUUGAUGGACUGUUACUGUAGAUUAGGAUUGUUGAAGAUGAAUAAACGAAUGAUUAUAAUGCUGUAAGGGGAAGAAAGAAAGAGAAAAUGAUAUAAAUGGGUGGUUUUGCAUUGUUGACUCUUUGAAAUGCACAGAGUAAUUAGACCUUCUCGUACUAUGUAUUCUUGAGCGCAAAACUCCCAUUAAGAGUGAAAUAUGGUCCGACUGUAUCAUCGACGAUCACGUAAAAACUAAUAUAGAAGGCGCUAUCAUACUGUGAUGCUGAAUAUACUAUAUACUAUACUUGAUAUAAUAAACUAUUGAUAAUUGUAGUGAUAAUAAAUUGAUAUGCAACGCGACGCGGCGAGCGAACAUGAUUUACAUUACUUACUUGAGAGGUGAAGUGAUGAAAGUUGAGUUGGGGAGUAGAUCUGAAUCAAAAGCAUCAUUUCGACGUCUUCACCUUGUACUUUUUGUUUCGCGAAGAAAUAUCUGAAAUAUCCGCGCCGCGCAUAGCCAUAAUAACUACUUGAUGAUAAAGAACACAGACCGUUGAGAGAUCAUGUUUAGAAAAAUCGAAGCACAUGAAGCUUAAUUUCUGCUUGAGGCUUGUUGGUAUACUUUUAUUUUCUUUAAUGUAAGUCAUUAGGUCAAUGAAUGAGCGUUUAUGUAAAGAGAGCAAAUUGUGAUAAAUUAACGCUUCUAAUCGGGUAGUAUUUUUCAGUGGCCUUCUUGUUCGUUAUUAAACAUUUUGAUUAGUAUUCUAGGAUCUAAGCUAUGUAUAAAUUGCUAGAAAAUCAUCUAUAUAAAAAUCGAUAUUUCUAACGGGAGAUUAUAUUUUAAAAUUUAUUCUAUAUUCCGAAAUGUUUUCUUGCAUAAUAGUAGUGUUGUAGUUUAUCUUAAAAACAAAAAUUUUACGUAAUAAAUUAAAUUAUAAAUAUAUAUUUAAAAAAUAACAUAAGGAUUUUUGCGUUUGCUAGAAGCAAAAUUUAUAUAAUAUUCACUAAAACUUAGUCGUUGAAUAGUCCACGCAGUGCGUGACGUAGUCAUUUGAUGUUUUUAAGGAGUCUGUAAAUAAUUAAUAUUAUAUUGCUGUUUAUAAUGCAGCUUAUUUGUAGUGUAAGAUAUAAAAAUUUAUAAGAACGAUUAAACCACUAUUUUUUAAACGAUCAAGAUCUGACCACUUGAAAAAUAGUCUUGUACCGGUGCACUCCUCUCAAUUCGAAUAUAUCCAUUGCAUUUCAAUUCUUCAAACCUCGCACGCGAACUACAUACGUAACGAUUUGAUGUAUCAUAAAAAGCAAGAAAAUUAAAAUUAAAUUCGAAUGUGGAAAACAAAUACAAGUCUCAAUAAGGAAAUUACGAUCGUUUAUGCUUCUAUCAUUACUGAGCAUAUUUCCACGAGUCUGUGCCAUGUGUUAAGAACCGCGCGUGCCCAAUUGAUUGAUCAUGUUGUGAUUUUGCGAUCGUUGCCUCUAUUCGGAGAGAUUUUUCUCUCCUCCGCAUUGUCUUGCCAUAAAUAUUGUAAUGGUCACUUAUGGAAACGUGAAAAAAGUUUUUACGUGAAUUCUUUUUAGAUUGUACGGCGCUCCAUUUAGCACUCAAAAUCUUUUGAAUUCUCAAACACAUCCGAUGAACAUUGCAGAAUAGUAUUAAUUUAUUUGUAAAGUCGUUUGUGGUUGCAUAUAAUUUUUGGUUAUCUGAGAGAACUUAUGCUAUAUAUUUUGUGUAUUAUUCGUAGAUACUUUUAUUUUAUUAAAAUCUUAAACUAUUUAUAUGAGUUAUUGGGUUAACUCAAUAGUCGUCAAAUAUAAUUAUCCAAGCAAAAUCUUUUUGAAAUAUAAAUUAUUUAUUAGUUGAUAUAAUUAUUAUACGUAUGUAUAAUUGUAAAAACAAAAUUUUUAUAGUUCAAAAUUAGUAGUGUGCAGAUGGAAUUUUAAUAUAUUGACAAUUUUUAUAAGUCAUUAGCAGGUCUAUUUUAGUUUUGAAUUUAAUGUUCAAAAUGAUAUCGCAUUUUAGUCGAUGACGUUUAUUAAUUUUAAUUUAUUUAAGAAUGAGUAAUUUAAAAAAUAGAUUGAUAUCAAAAUUAUCCCUUUUUAUAUGAGAAAAAUCUAUAUAAAUAUAUAUUUUUACAAUGUAUUGGAUUUAAUAAGAAAAAAGCAUAAUAUAUUAACAAUUUUUUGGCAUAUAAGUUUCUAAAUUUUUCACAGCGUCGUAUUUCGCGUCGCAAUUAGAGCAGGGGCUUUAGCGUAGUGAAUAGAAUGAAAGCGAUUAUUGUAGGGAGAUCAGUAUUUUUGUAUUGUCGUUCUCGUUUGUGUGAAGAAUCUUGCAACCGUCGCAUGGAUCUUAUUAAAUUCUGGUUCUUAAUCAAAGAGAAGAGAUUAAUUAAUGGUUAAUAAAAAAUAACAUUAAUAAAGAGCCAAGUGAAAUUUGAAAGAUCGUAGAAAUUAAAUUCAGAACAGCAAUUUAUAUCGAUAUUAUUGGUAUAUGAAAAUUCUUGCAAAAACCAAACAUAAACGUUCCUAGUAUUGAUAUUAAAGGCAUGAGAGAGUUUCCGGUUCCACUUGGUUCUGCAAAUUUGGGCAUCGUGGUAUAAGAAUUAACCUACUGUAAGAUCUGUAAUAAAAUGUUAAAAAAAAUAUUCCGCAUUGGCCGUACAAUUAAUCUACAACGGUCAUGCUAUAUAAUUCGUCUUGUAACUUAUAUCUUCAUUCGCUUGUUAGCAUGAACUUACAGAAAGAAAUCUCCUUAAACCAGUGUUAAUGAUGUUAAUGACGAGAAGAAAGCAAAAUAGUUACUAUAAUAACAUCUUGACAUUACCUGUACUCAAGCAAUUACUAAUUUUAUUAACUUCUGACAUCAAUGUUUAACCCGGUGUAUUUUCUCAGUGAAAUAAUUAAAAUAUGGGAUUGCGCUAAUUCUGUAUGUAACCGACGUGUAACAUCCAACAUUGUAGAACGUGCGUGAAGAAUUCGUGCCAUCUGUAUUCACUUCUAUCUCAAAAUGACACAGAAAAAGUAAAUUUCACUCAUCAUUUUGAAGCUUUACAAAUCCAGUAUCGCUAACUAAGAAUAACGCGUUAUUCUUGGCGCACAAAGUUUAUCUGGUUGUGUAGUGCAUAGUGAGUUCAAUAUGGGCCAAUUCAUAGCGUAUACACUCUAAUGUGCGUAUGCCGAGCUCGAAGAUUGUUUUUAUUGUGAAGAUUAAAAUUUUUAAAUUUGUGUAUGAAACGAAGAACUAACGUCAUAAUCGAUGUUGCAAUGACUAUACCGGAUUAAAAUAGAUUUUUAUGUCUUCGAGCUCCGGCCAAGUAAACGUUAGGUGUUUAAUCAACAGAACAUAAAAGAAAAACAUUCUAUUUCCAUGGGGGCAUAAUAAACUAGACGUACGGUAUACGAGUGCAUAAUUACGUGUACUUAAACAAAAAUAAAAAUAAUUAAUUAUACAAAACUGAAAUAACAGGUAUAGAGAUGUAAGAAAAAUCUUCAAUCAUGUGUGACCAAAUUUCAUUUCACGAACGACCAAAUUUUUUAACUAUUUAUGACGAUGUAUCAAAUUUUUUCAAAGAGAUGCAAUAUCAAAAUUGAAAAUUUGGCGAUUCUCUACCUUUUAUUCAAGUUUCACAUUAUCGAUCAAAACCCGUAAAGAGACUUUGUUUCCGUCCCUAAUUCAUAUGUUUUAAUAAACAGUAAAUCGUCUCUGUUUCCGCGUGGACUCCUUUUCAUUGUACUUUUUCAAAGUGUUUUCGUUUAAAUGUGCAUCAAGCAAUGAAAAUGAGUUCAAUUGAAUUGCGUAAAUGAAGAAUACUAUAACGAGCAAAAAAAUUUGUCAGCAUUACUUUGCUCCGAUUGUAAUAGUAACUGUACCAAUGCAGCUGCAUUGAUUUACUCCGAUUCUGUAUUUGUGCGUUCAAUGAACAUUUGCGAGAGAAAGAGAGAAUGAGAAAAAGUGAAUAAGAGAGCAAAAGGGAACGAGAGAUUUUUCAGAGAUAUUUAAAACAAAUAUAUAUAUAUAUUUAAAGAACCCCCGAAGUUGCUUCCCUUUACAAGCUAAAGAGCCGUAAGUUACAUUUUCCCAAUUUUCGGAAGUUUCCGAAGACACUAUAAAAUGGGCUCGAAUAGAAUGUAAAAGCAGUUAUAUUGUUGACUGACAGAACAGUGAUUUGUAAAGGCAUCAUAAAAAUGUCUUGUUUUUUUGUGGAUUAUAAUAAACUAUUUUAUUCUA